AUGGAGAUAAACAAAGACAAAUCCCAGCUGCACCAGCCAGAAGUUACCGUCCUAGGACACACAGUGAACUCUGAAGGCAUAUGCCUCAUCUGCCAUAUCUCUCAUGCCACCUCCCUGCAGUCUCCUCUAAGUGACGCCUUGCAAGGCAAAUAUCCCUCAGGUGACCACAAGGUUAUGUGGACCCAGGACAUGACUCGCACCUUCAGUGACCCAAAAACAGCUCUAGCUAGUGCAAUCACUCUAGCCCAUCCCAGAGGCAAUUCGCCUAUCUCAAUCAGUACAGACACUAAUGACAUCAUGAUCAGCGCUGUGCUGCAACAACACAUUGACAAAGACUCUCAACCAUUAUGUUACUUUUCAAAAAAACUAUCCACCUCGCAGCAUAAAUCGUCAGCAUUUGACACGGAGCUACUGGCCAUUUCUGAAGCCAGAAGCUAUUUCUGA